CAGAGGGUAGGCUCCAAUGGGAACGUCGAGGUUUGCCCGCCCCCCACCUCCUUCGGGGCAAUGAGAAGCUAGUAGAGAGAGGCGAGGUAGCCGGCCCUCUUAGGGGAGUUUGCUCUGGAGUGGAUAAACGGCUGAAGUGGCGCGGGCUCGGACUCAAUCUAUCCUGCCGGCCAGCCCCCAACUCCCGCCCAAAGAGAAGGUGGGGGGGUCGGGGGAGGCUCAGCUGGAGGCCAGAGCUACUGGCCCAAGCUGCUGGUCAAGGAGGAAAGUGUGGUCUGCCUGGAAAAGAAGAAGCGCCCAGAAAGUUGGCGUCCUCCGCCGGUGGAGCCAUGAUCUGGGGAAGCAACCUUGACCUCGCGCCUUGGAGCGUAGCGGGUCCACCCCUGCUGGCCCCUCGGCUGCUGCCCACUCUGCGAUCUCUGCUUUUGCUGCUGCUGCUGCUGCUGCUACUCCCAGCAUCGGCGCCGCUGGCCGGGCGCGCGGAGAAACUAGGUGAUGGAUGUGGGCACAUGGUGACUUACCAAGACAGUGGCACAUUGGCAUCUAAGAAUUAUCCAGGGACUUAUCCCAAUCAUACCAUAUGUGAAAGGACCAUUACAGUUCCUCAGGGGAAAAGACUGAUUUUAAGACUUGCAGAUGUGGAUAUUGAAUCUCAGACCUGUGAAUCCAACUACUUGCUCUUUGUCAGUUCCUCAGCUCAACAUGGUCCAUAUUGUGGAAGUAUGACUGUUCCCACAGAAUUCUACCUGGACACAAAUGAAGUGACCGUUCGCUUUGAGAGUGCAUCCCACAUUUCUGGGCGUGGAUUUUUGUUGUCUUAUGCCAGUAGUGAUCAUCCAGAUUUAAUAACAUGCCUGGAUCGUGCUAACCAUUUUUCAAAGACUGAGUACAGCAAAUUCUGUCCAGCUGGCUGCAGAGACAUAGUAGGUGAUAUCUCUGGGAAUGUGGUAGAUGGAUACAGAGAUACCUCCCUAUUGUGCAAAGCGGCAGUUCAUGCAGGAGUGAUCGCCGAUGAACUGGGGGGCCAGAUCAGUGUGUUUCAGUCCAAAGGGAUAAGCCGAUAUGAAGGAAUCCUGGCCAAUGGCGUCUUCUCCAAGGAUGGUUCUUUGUCAGAUAAGCGAUUUCUAUUUCCUUUUGAUGGUUGCAGUAAAUCCCUGAGUUUGAAAUCUUCCAAGCAAAUCACCGCUUCUUCCUCUUGGCAAUGGGUCAAUGAAAAUGGAGAAGUAAUUCAUUGGUCUCCUGGGCAGGCAUGGCUCCAGGACCAAGGGCCAUCAUGGGCUUCAGGAGAUACUGGCACCAACCACAAAUCUGAGGAGUGGCUGGAAAUAGAUUUAGGAGAGAAAAAGAAAAUAACAGGGAUUAGGACUGCAGGAUCUACCCAAACAAAUUUCAACUUUUACGUUAAGUCUUUUGUGAUGAAUUUCAAAAAUCUCAACUCCAAGUGGAAGACCUACAAAGGAAUUGUGAACAAUGAAGAAAAGAUAUUUCAAGGCAACUCUAACUUUAGAGACCCUGUACGGAACAAUUUCAUCCCUCCCAUCGUGGCCAGAUACAUAAGGAUUAUUCCAAAGACCUGGCACCAGAGAAUUGCUCUGAAAGUGGAACUGAUUGGUUGUCAGAUUACACAAGGUAAUAAUUCAUUUGUGUGGCACAAACCAAGUACAAGUACGGGUGUCUCAGUUGGGAAAGAAGAUAAAACUCUCACAAAACCCAUCCCCUCGUCCGAAGAAGAAAGAGGUAUAAAACAGAGGACAAUAAUCAUUCCGUUGGUGCUCUUUAUGUCCUUGCUCGUGGUUGGAAUGGUUAUUUUUGCUGCUGUGAAAAAAAAGAAGAUGAAAGGAAAUCCUUACGGGUCAGCUGAAGCACAGAAAACAGGAUGUUGGAAGCUGCUUAAACAGCCUUUUGUCAGACGUCAGUCAUCAGAGUUUACUAUCAGUUACGAAAAUGAAAAGAUGACACAGAAAUUAGAUCUUGUCACAAGUGACAUGGCAGAUUAUCAUCAACCUCUCAUGAUUGGAACCGGGACGGCCAUGAGGAAAGGUUCCACUUUCCGACCAAUGGACACGGAGGCUGAGACGGGGAAGAACUCUGAGCCAGAAAACCACUACGCCUGUCCCCACCCAACCAGCCGCCACGAAUACGCUCUGCCUUUGACCAAUCAGGAGCCUGAAUAUGCCACUCCUAUCAUCGAACGGCACUUAAUGAGAGAGAAAGCCUUCCCAGAAGGGGGCUACCACGUGCCCGCAGCGGCCCCAGCACACAAACAUUCACUUUCCUCAGGCGGAGGCUUCUCUAACGCAGCUGGAGCGGAUGUCCAAGACUACCUGGCGCCUCAAGGUCUUCCGCUGGGGGAGGGGGACUACGAUAAACCCAAAGGCCAAAGCUCCUUAGCCACAGAAGACCAUGAUAGCGACUACCAGAAGCCUCAGAUGAAUCCCUUCAUGAAGGAUGGCUAUUCCGCCCCCAGAGACUGUCUCAAACCGAUAAACCAGACUGCAAUGACUGCCCUUUUAUAAGCCCAACGGGAAAGAAAUUUGCUGUGGUACUAAGCAUUCUGUUGGCAUCCGGUCACUGGAAAAAGUUAGGAUCUUCCUAAAGGUUUUGAUAUGUGUGUAUGUGUGUGUAUAAAUCUAUUUUUACCUAUAUCUAUCGCUAGAGAUAUAUCUUUAACUAUUUAUAUGUAUAAAGAAGGAUAUCAUGGCCAAUAUGGAUAAAGAUUUGGCUGUGUCAAUCGCUGCGGACAUUUUACAUCCUUAGCUUUAUCGAUAUAGCCAUCCCUCCAUGUAUCCUCAUAUACCUAGAGAUAGCUAUUGGUAUAUUGAUAUAGGUAGUUAUAGAUCCUAUCUUAUUAGUGUAGUAAUUAGAAUCUUGAACCCUUGGACUACAUUUCCCACAAUUCCUUUUCCUGUGGGAAUUCUCCUGGGAAUUUUCCUGUGGGAAAAGGGAAUUAUGGGAAAUGUAGUCCAAGGGUUCAAGAUUCUAAUUAAUACAUUAAUAAUACAAGAGUUCAAGAUUCUAAUUAAUACAUUUGUACAUGUGUGCACGUAUGCCCACUGUGUGCAUGUGUCUAUACAUGUACAGACACUACACAUGUGUGUACAUAUAUAUGUAUUUAUAUUUUAAAAUGGAGAGACAUACAUGGUGUGUGUGUGCAUGGAUCCUAAUAGGAUUUUGCUGGCGAAGUUCAAAGACAACCUUUUUACACUGUUUACAUGAUAUUGCAGUUGACAUUGGUCUUGACCUUAGAGGUGUGUGGUGUUUUUGUGAACUGGCAGAAGUUGUCAGAUGAGUAGCUGGUAUUUUCCCUUUCUGUAACUGUGAUCUUAAAACUAUUUGGUGUAAUAUGUGCAAUCUGUAUAGAAUUUUAUUUAACAUGAAUUAAAAUAACUUAAAUUUCCUUGAUCACAUUUUCAAUCUGCAUAGAGGUGAAGUGGCAACGUGCAGCUAUUGUUUUUAAAAAAUCCUUCUAUGGUAGUUCUGUGGAUGUUUAAGGUAUAUUUUAUCUGAUAGUGUCUUAGCAGCAGGCCUGUGUAAACUUAAUCUUAUUAUUGUUGGCUCCUUUCCUUUCUUUUGAUAGUGAAAAGUAAAAGCAUUUUUUAUUCUAUUUUUCUCCUCCUCAAAGAUAUUUGAUUACUUGAAGUGUUAAAAGCACACCAACAAGGGUGAUGGUUUUGUUUUUUUAGCAAUUUUGUGUUAUUGUGGUUUUUAAAGAAGUCAAAAGUAUGGCCUGUUCUCUUGCAACCUUCAACUGCCUGGCUUCCAUUUUCAAUGAGGAUGGGAACUACCUAGUCAUUUCAAAAGAGUAGCUUCAAUUUUGGUGAACUUCAGAAGACUUCAUACUGAUCCAGGUCCUAAGAGAACAGUUUCCUUUCUGCUGAUCAUUUCAUCACUUCUCACUUACUCCUCACUUGAACUUUGGGAGAUACCACAGAACUUUCACAGAUGUGUCUACUCUUUUCAAAAUGUCUUUGAGGCUGAAAUGUGAAUUAAUAUAAAUGAAACACAAAAUAUCCUACUCUUCAUACCAAGAGAAGAUGAAGGUAACACAGUUCCAGGUUAUAUUACUGGUAUGAUUUUGGAUCUCUGCUUAACAUUGGCUCUGGGGUCAGAUAACCACAUCUAGCUCUCAGAACCAAUGUUAAUGGGACUCUGAAAAAAAAUAGAUUUUAGUUUGUUUUGAUUUCAAAUUAUUCCACUGCAAAAAGUAACAGACACUGUCCAAUAGUUAUUUGUACUAAGAUGGUUGGAAAAGAGGCAUUUUUUGAAAAAACACAUUUUCUGUCUGGCACAUGUUCCUAAUUCUAGAUUAGGCCAGGCUUGAGCAUUUAAGUUAUUUGAAGUGGUUUUUAUCUAAGCAGGCUUUAUGAAAUAGCACUGUGCAAUGUAGUUAUUUUUGAACACUGUAAGCAAGAGAGGAAGUAGAUCUUUCUCCAUCUGUGACCUUCCUGGGUAUAUUAGCUUAAAGUGUGGACCAAAAAACCCUGUCCCUAAAUUCUGGAUGUAACUGUAAUUGUGUACAGUUUUUCAUAAUUUCUGUGAAAUGUAUAGAAAACACUGAGGGGUGCUGAAAUGUCAUGGCAGCUUAUUUUCUCAAUACAAUGGGGAUAAGUUGUUGACCUUUUUAUUGUUUACGUGGUAGUACUGUAUACUAAUUUUAAUAUUAAACCUCCAAACCAAAGUUCA